AUGUACACAGAAUUCACGAAGAAAUUUCGAUGUGGUGACAGAGGAUGCAACUAUGCUGAAGCUCUCAUGCGGCCAGGCAUUGGCGGUGAGAUGCUUCCCUUGUAUCCUAUCCUUGGAUACGUAGGAGACGCCGUAGCUUUACGCGGCCAGGCAUUGGCGUUCUUCAUGCGGCCAGGCAUUGGCGGUGAAGCGCUUCCCUUGUAUCUAGGAGACGCCGUGACUUUAUGCGGCCAGGCAUUGGCGGUGAAGUCACGAGUCAGUGGAUAUCCAAGUUAUCUCUUGGUGGUCAUGCCUCUGUCGAAUAUGCUAGAGAAGCAAGAGAAAUGUGAUGCUAUCAAUAGGGAGGGAGUACGCGGAUCCUAG